AUGAUUUAUAUAUGCGGUGUUUGUGGCGAUAAAACAUCUGGCAGGAAUUUCUGCGCCCUUUCCUGUGAGUCAUGUAAGGCAUUCUUCAGGAGAAAUGCCAACAAUUUAAAUAAAUAUAAAUGUGUUUUUCAAAACAAUUGUCAAAUGAAUGUCGAGAUGAGGACUGUUUGUAGAAAAUGCAGACUUCAAAAGUGUUUCGCUAUUGGAAUGAGAAAAGAAGUGCUGAUGACUGACGAGGAAAAAGAAGAGAGAAAACGAAAAAUGCAGAAAAAUAAACAAAAAUUAUUUGCCGAUAAAAACAAUAUCAAUAAAAUAAAUGGCAAAAUCAAUAUCUUCAUCGGCAAGACCGACUCUUCAUUCACACCAUCAAUGGUUGUGACCGAUAGUGAAGAGACGGACAAUAUAUUUGAGUUUUUAAAUAAUAAUAACAUAAGUAAAGAGACACAGGAUUUGGAAAUAAGAGAAUUGGAGGACAUAUUAUGGGUUGAGAACAGCUCUUCAACGGUAUCGACAUUACCGACAAAUUGCAAUACAAUUCCCGCACAUAUUAUAUGCCAUACAUUUAAUGAGUCGGAAGGCAUGAAAUUCAAUGAACUAAUGGCCGCCACUUAUGACGAAAGGUUGGCCACAAUUCCUAUCAUUAAGACGGAAGUGUCGGAUGUGUGGGAAGGCAUCAAAAUGUUGGCCCUUCACUGUGAGAUUGGGGUUAGAAAACAAACAAGGUGCUUUAAACAAUUAAGAGCUUUUCGCCUUAUGUGUGAAAAUGACCAGUUAUUGUUGUUUAAGAGAGCGGCCAUUCAAUUAGCAUGUAUGAGAUCGAAAUAUUUUUACCAUCAUGAUCAGGAAGAGUGGCGUUUUCCCGGGGACGACACCGUUCAACCAUUUCGACUGCAAUUACAAUGUACGCCAAUUAUAUUGUUUGAUACAAAUCACCCAAACAUUACGCAUAGGAAAAAUGUUAAAUUUCAGCAAAAAGUUUACAUUCAUUUACUUCAACGAUAUUUACUAAUGAAAUACCAAACGGAAAUUAUGAGAGAUUUGCAACAAAAGUGCAUUAAUUAUGGUUUAAAUCUGUGUCCACCGGAUAUGAGUCCUCUUCUCAAUGAGAUUUGCGAUAGAGAUUGUCCUCAACUCAUGGCUUCAUAA